ACGCGCACUUGAGAGCAUGGAUGUCGUCCAGGCAAUUUUAAAGAACGAAAGCCAGGAGAAGGAUUCACGUAAAUCCACUGAAGUGCAUAAGGAUGUAGAAGUUGAGACAGAUGUGGGAUCUCUUCUCGCAUUAGAUUACAAUACUCUCAACUUGAAAACACUAAGAUCUGAACAAGAAGAAUACCUGAAGAGUGUAACAAGGGAUAAUGUGCAAAUAUUGUUUAAUAACAUUUGGGAGCUGCCAACAGAACGUAUUGAUGAAGCAAUAGUGGCAAAAUUACCAAAGCCUCAAUUUGUGUUACCUAGAUCUCGUCAGAUUCCAAAGCCAAAACCAUUAACAAAAUGGCAACAGUAUGCUAAAGAGAAGGGUAUCAAAUCUAAAAAGAAAAAUAAAUCAAAACUUAAAUGGGACGAUGAGUUACAAAAAUGGAUACCUACUUUUGGUUACAAACGUAACAAUGCUGAAGAACAGAAAGAAUGGUUGGUUGAAGUUAAUAAUGAGAACAAGGCGAUGGAAGAUUCAUUUGCGGUAGCAAAAGCAGGAAAAGAAGAAAGACGGUCGAAGAACGAAUUGCAAAGGCUGCGUAAUAUUGCUAAAGCGAAAAAUAUUAAAAUUCCACAAGUGGGUCUGCCUACAAGAGAACACUUUCCUGAUCCACAACAGUUAUCUCAGGCCAUUACUGUUGCACGUACAUCAACGGCAUCGGCUGGCAAAUUCCAGGACAGAUUACCAAAGGAAAAGGAUGCUAAAGGUAUUGCAAGACAAGUGCCUGGUAUGAAACGAAAGGCAGAAGAAGUUCCAUCAAAUCUACAAGAUGAAAGGAAACGUAAUAAAAACUUAGCAGAUAACAUCCUUAAGAGUAACGCUAAAAUCUUCCGCGAGGACUUUUCUGUGCCAAAAGUAAAACCAGCCAAGACACGUGUAAUGAAAGGUAAAAGAGGAGUAAAAAGCACGGGAUCGAAAAAACCAAAAGCAGGAAAAGGAAAGCGAGACAUGCGACUUAAAGCUGGAGGUAGAAAACGAAGGUAAAAGAUUGAGUGUUCAAUCUCAACGUCCGUUCGUUCAUCUUUAAUUACACAGGUUCCAGUAAUCAAAGAAACAUCAAUGUAUUGUAUUCGGAUUUCUUACAUGUUACAUUAUAAAUAAAGGUCAACGUCAAAAUAAAUAAUA